GCUCUGUUGUGGAAUUAAUACUAUGUCCUGGCUGUCCCUUCCUGGAGAUAAGUUUGUGUAGUUAAUUAGUCAGAGCCAUGGACCAACACCUGAAGGGAUGGUACACUGAGCGGUCCCCGAUGUGGCCCGGCCAGGCAUUCUCCCUCAAGGUGGACCGCACGCUGCUACACAAACGCAGUAAAUUCCAGGACAUUGAGAUUUUUGAAAGCACCAACUAUGGCAAGGUGCUGGUGCUGGAUGGUGCUAUUCAAUUCACGGAGAGGGACGAGGCAAGUUACCAGGAAAUGAUCACCUACCUGCCUCUCAACGCACACCCCAACCCAAGGAAGGUGCUGGUGGUGGGCGGCGGUGAUGGUGGUGUGGCGAGGGAGCUGGCCAGGCAUCCCAUGGUGGAGGAGGUGGUGCAGUGUGAGAUUGACAAGGAGGUAAUAGAGGCCUGCAAGAAACACGUACCAUCAAUGGGGUGUGGCUUCUCCAACCCCAAGCUGACCCUCCACACCGGGGACGGCGCCAAGUUCCUGGAGGAGACGCAGGAUAAGUUUGACGUCAUUAUCACCGAUGCUUCAGACCCCGAGGUGGCUACUCAGGGCGAGGAGGGGGCUGAGGGGACUAAAGAUGGUCCUGCUGUGUCUCUCUUCAAUGAGGAUUACUACGCCAAGAUGAAGGGCAAGCUGGCCGAGGGAGGGGUCAUGUGCUGCCAGGGUGAGAAUAUGUGGCUUCACGCUGACCUCAUACUGAAGCUCAUGAAUGGAUGUCGUAAGAUCUUCCCUGUGGUGGACUAUGCAUACACUUACACCCCUACUUACCCUGGGGGACAGAUUGGCUUCAUCCUCUGCAGUGUUGAUCCGGCUACCAACUUUAAGGAACCAGUGAGGGAGUGGGACCAUAACAAGGCAAAGGAGAUGGGCCUCAAGUACUACAAUGCUGACAUUCACCGGGCAGCCUUUGUCCUCCCUACCUUCAUGAAGAACCACUUGUCACACACUGACUAGCAGGGAGUUUGUGUGUGAAGACUGACUAGCAGGGAGGGAGGGAGUGUGAAGACUGACUAGCAGGGAGUGUGUGAAGACUGACUAGCAGUGUGUGUGAAGACUGACUAGCAGGGAGUUUGUGUGUGAAAACUGACUAGCAGGGAGUGUGUGUGAAGACUGACUAGCAGGGAGUUUGUGUGUGAAGACUGACUAGCAGGGAGUUUGUGUGUGAAGACUGACUAGCAGAGUGUGUGUGUGAAGACUGACUAGCAGGGAGGGAGUGUGAAGAUUGACUAGCAGGGAGUGUGUGAAGACUGACUAGCAGGGAGGGAGUGUGAAGAUUGACUAGUAGGGAGUGUGUGUAAAGACUGACUAGCAGAGUGUGUGUGAAGACUGACUAGCAGGGAGGGAGUGUGAAGAUUGACUAGCAGGGAGUGUGUGAAGACUGACUAGCAGGGAGGGAGUGUGUGAAGACUGACUAGCAGAGUGUGUGUGAAGACUGACUAACAGGAGUGUGUGAAGACUGACUAGCAGGGAGGGAGUGUGAAGAUUGACUAGCAGUGUAUGUGAAGACUGACUAGCAGGGAGGGAGUGUGUAUGAAGACUGACUAGCAGAGUGUGUGUGAAGACUGACUAACAGGGAGUGUGUGAAGACUGACCAGCAGGGAGGGAGUGUAAGAAGACUGGCUAGAAGGGGAGUGUGUUGAAGUAGGUUGUGACAAGUUAUGGUUUAGAGGCUUGGUAAAGGGAAGGGGGGGGUGUUAACAAGGUGCUUACAUAAAACCUGCAGGAAUUGGAAGGAUAUUAACUAGAGUAAAUAAGCUAAGAAGAAAUAGGAAAAGAUUAAAGUUAGGAUGAGGUGUAAGGUUUGAAAGAGUGUUAGAAAUAGAAAAGUUUUGUUAUGAAGAAGAAAAUGUUUUGGAUAUAGUGUUCAGUAAGAGGUUUAUGGAGGAAAAAUAUUUGAGAUAAAAAGUUUAAAUAGAAAAUGUGUUGCAAGGUUAGUAAGGGAAAAGUUUUGAGAGUAAAUGAUGUUGUUAAGAAUGAUUAAAGGAAGAUAAUGUACUACCUCAAGUAAGAUGAUAGUGGAAAUGUGUUAAACAGAGGCAUUCAUUACAGUCCGGCAAACCAAGCAUUGCAUUUGCUAUGGAUCCCAAUUUGCCCAAGAAAGGAAGGGCGCUGCAAGUUCCAACUAAUUUGACACAAUCAGUCACUGCACACGCCGGUGCUGUGACAAGGUGUAGACCUCAUGAAUUUAGCUGCCUGAAAUACCCUGAAGAGGCCCCCUGAGUAAAGUUGCCACACAUGUCACAGGUCCUGAGGGCCUCAUACAAUUUUCUGCUUGAGGGCCAUGGGGAGUCUUGGAGUGCCACUGAUGUUUAUAAAAAAAGAUGGAGGUAGAAAUUGCUAAGAGAUAAAAAGCAAGAUUGGAAGGAUUGACUUUUAUAACAAGUAAGAACUAAAGCUGUAUAAUGGUACAAGAGAGAGAGAGAGAGAGAGAGUUUGAUUUAAAUGCAGGAAAAUAAGGUACGCAUCUUGAAGUGAGAUAACCUAGUAUUUAAUUGCAGCUUUUUAUUGCCUUGCUUUCCUAUGUUUAUAAAUUGCAGCUAGAAAUAUAUAGAUAAAUAAAUAAAAUAAGAAAAAUCUAAAAACAGAAAAGAUAAAUGAAAGAAAAGUAAAGAGAUAAAAAAAAAGUUUGAGAGCAAGUAUUUAAUUUGAAGUGUUUGAUUGUUUUGUGAAUUUGAGAGUUUCAUUUUGAACAGGUCAUUAUAAAGUGUUUGUGUGUUGGUGGAAGGACUGUACCUUUGAGACGUAGAGAGUGGUUUGUUGGCACCAAUAUAAGAACAGGUGUUGUGCGUGUUCUGUUGAGUUGUUAUAAUGCAUAUCACUUUAUUUUACUUAUUUAUUUAUGUAUUUUUCUAUUGAUUACUGUUUUUAUAUAUUUUUAAAAAUUAUGUGUCAAGUAAUUGUGUUUUAUGAUGGGAUAGCAAAAUUUUUCCCAAUAACCAAUGAAUGGAUAACAAUAACCUUGCUUGUUGUUUAUUGCUUCAAAAUGUAUCAAAGAGUUAUGUGUCAAGUAAUUGUGUUUGUAUGGUUGGUCACAGCUGGGUGGGAUAACAAAAAAAUGAUCCCAAUAGCCAAUGGAUGGAUAACAGUAACCUUCCCUGUUAUUUAUUGCUUCAAAAUGUAUCACCUAAAUCUAGUCUUUUCUUUCUUUUAUUGACAUUUUUUAUUUUAUUUUAUUGACAUUUUUAUUUUCUUUUAUUGACAUUUUUAUUUAAUUUUAUUGACAUUAUUUUCUUUUAUUGACUUAUUUUUUCUUUUACUGGCUUUUUUCUUUUAACAUUUAUAUAUAUUUUUAUCUUAUUUGACUUAUUUUUAUUUCUUUUAUUGACUUAUUUGUAUGGUUGGUGACAGCUGGGUGGAAUAACAAAACAUUGAUCCCAGUAACCAAUGGAUGGAUCUAGUCUUUUCUUUCUUUUAUUGACUUAACUGAAAAUAACAUCUCUAUUAUUAUUACUUAUUUUUUUUAUUGUUAUAUUUUAGUUUUCAAUUGAUUGCAUUUUCAGUUUGUGUUUAUUUUUGAGUAUAUUACUUUUAUUUUAUUUUAUUUGUUUUUUUCCCCCUUUAUUGCAUUAACUAGAAAGAAUGUCUCCAAACUUUCCAAUUCCUCCUGAGUUAUUAUUAAUGUUUCCAGUGUGUAUAGAUUUUAAUUAUGUUUGUUAAGUUUAUGCAAGAUGAGAACACUGUCAUUAUUUGUUUGGUGAUGCCAGUAAGCCAGACUGUGACACCUUUGUUACUCAUUACACACUGCCACCUCCGAUUACUUGCCAUCACCACUGACUAUAUAAGUGUGCUGGUUUAUUGUAGGCUCGUUCAUAUUUGGCCUAACUUGUUGACUUUACGAUUUUCCUUUUCUCCUUUAGUUUUAUUUUGUUUUGUAUUCAUAUUAUUACUUAUUUAUUCAAGAUUUUUGUUUUCAUAUUUCACGCCAUCUUUACUUGCAUUUGUGGUGCCAUAUUUUGUACGUGCCUCUCAAUUUACAGUUUCUUCAUCAACAUGGUGAGUUAUUCUUCAUGAUAGUGUUGUGUGUUUACUCUCCUUUGCUCCUAUCUUGUAUCCACUUUGCUCCAUUUAACCAAAGUUUUGUUGAAUAAUUUAAUAUUUUUUUUUAGAUAUUCAUCCAGUGUGACUUCAUCACUAUUAUGCCAAAUAUUUUAUCAUAGUAUUUGCAUUUCUAAGUAUAUUAUCAUGUUUUUAUUUGUGAUACCAGAUAAUUUUAUGUAUGUGCAUUACUUUCUUUAUUCUGUUCUACAUAAUUUACUGUGUUGUGUCAGUAUCCAGAACCACAAAUUAUAUCAAGAAGGCUUUAAUUCA